CAAAUGGCUAAGCAAAGUUCUAUAAGUUGACUUUCCUUUCCUGCUCUCACUCAUUUUAGGUUUCUCCUAAAAACCCAACUUUCUUCCUGUUUCUCGUGUAUCGAUCCUCUGUGCUAAGCAUGGGUACUAGAUAUGGAGCCUGUUUAAGUGCACUAUGCUUGUUGCUUCUUUUAUCCCCUAUGGUGUUUUCGGUAUCAAAUGAUGGACUGAUCAGAGUUGGAAUUAAAAAGAGGAAGUUGGAUCAGAUCAACCAGGCUUUUGGGGGUAUUGAUUCUAAUGGAGCAAAUUCUGCAAGAACUUAUCAUCUUGGCGGAAAUAUAGGAGACUCAGACACUGAUAUUAUUGCACUAAAGAACUACUUGGAUGCUCAGUAUUUUGGUGAAAUUUGCAUUGGGUCACCACCUCAAAAGUUCACUGUGAUCUUUGAUACCGGAAGUUCUAAUCUUUGGGUGCCCUCUGCAAGAUGUUACUUUUCACUUGCUUGUUAUUUGCACCCCAAGUACAAGUCCAGUCAUUCCAGCACCUACAAAAAGAAUGGCACAUCUGCUGCAAUUCGCUAUGGAACUGGAUCUAUUUCUGGAUACUUUAGCAACGACAAUGUGAAAGUUGGUGAUCUUAUUGUCAAAGAUCAGGACUUUAUCGAGGCAACUCGAGAACCAGGCAUCACCUUUUUGGCAGCCAAGUUUGAUGGUAUUCUUGGUCUUGGAUUUCAAGAGAUAUCCGUGGGGAAAUCCGUCCCCGUCUGGUACAAUAUGGUAAAUCAAGGUCUUGUUAAGAAACCUGUAUUCUCAUUCUGGUUCAAUCGGAAUGCUCAAGAGGAAGAAGGGGGUGAACUUGUUUUCGGUGGAGUUGAUCCCAACCAUUUCAAGGGUAAACAUACAUAUGUUCCUGUAACUCACAAAGGCUACUGGCAGUUUGAUAUGGGUGACGUGCUUGUCGGCGGUGAAACAACUGGGUUUUGUUCUGGUGGUUGUUCAGCAAUUGCAGAUUCUGGAACAUCCUUAUUGGCAGGACCAACAACCAUUAUUACUCAAAUUAAUCAUGCGAUUGGAGCUUCAGGAGUCGUCAGCCAGGAGUGCAAGUCAUUAGUUACUGAAUAUGGAAAAACCAUAUUGGAUCUACUAGAAUCAAAGGCAGCGCCUCAAAAGAUCUGCUCACAAAUCGGUCUAUGCUCUUCUGAUGGUAGUCGGGAUGUUAGCAUGAUCAUUGAGAGUGUGGUGGACAAACACAAUGGGGCUUCAAAUGGCUUGGGUGAUGAGAUGUGCAGGGUUUGUGAGAUGGCUGUGAUAUGGAUGCAAAACCAAAUGAGACGAAAUGAAACUGCAGAUAGCAUCUACGACUAUGUUAAUCAGCUGUGUGACCGAUUGCCCAGUCCAAUGGGAGAAUCUGCAGUUGACUGCAGCAGCCUUGCUUCCAUGCCUAAUGUUUCCUUUACCGUUGGUAAUCAAACAUUUGGCCUGACGCCACAGCAGUAUGUCCUUCAAGUUGGUGAGGGACCUGUUGCACAGUGCAUCAGUGGAUUUACAGCUUUAGACGUGCCUCCUCCUCGUGGACCCCUUUGGAUCUUGGGAGAUGUUUUCAUGGGUCGCUACCACACAGUGUUUGACUAUGGCAAUUCGAGAGUUGGUUUUGCUGAAGCUGCUUGAGCGUCUCUGUUUAUCUCUAUGUUGACCCUCUUUUACGUAUCACGUUGAUCUAAAUGAGACAAUUGUUUUGCUUUUAAUAUGUCUGCACUUGUAAAUAAAUAACUGAGCUUAAAUCUUUUAACUGAAUUUAAACACCAACAGCUGUUGUGUAAUACUUAACAAUUAAUUGCUUGUGUUUCAUAA